AUGCCCUACGAAAAUCUUGAAAAUGCGCUCGACACUUUUGGUCCCGCUUCGAGGCAGUAUCAAGCUGUUCUCCAGAUUCUAAAAGAAUGUUUGCAUGAUAUUGAAGAGGAGAAGCAGACAAAGACUCAAGUAGAUAUAGUCGACUCGAAUAUGCUGAGCCUUGCGAUGGGAUAUUUGGAGAUUAAAUAG